CCCUUCCAGAUGUCGUAUAAAGUAGAAAUAUCCACCUAAUUCUCAAACACACAAUUCCAAGUCUCAUAUUAUAAAUCUCUUCCAUAGUACUAGUGAUCUCUUGGGCCAUUAGAACUACUUGCUAAUGGGAAGCUCCAACAGGAACGAGGAUGGGGAUCUCAACCAAGCCCUCAUAGCAGAAUCAUCGACCAAAGAAGACAACGGAGGCCAAGACUUCUCGUCCAGGCUCUGCAUCGAGUCUAAGAAGCUAUGGCACGUCGUCGGUCCCGCCAUCUUCAGCCGCGUCGCUUCCUACUCGAUGAACAUCAUCACCCAAGCCUUCGCCGGCCACCUCAGUGAAGUCGAGCUUGCUUCGAUUUCUAUUGCCAACACUGUCAUCGUCGGCUUCAACUUCGGCCUCCUGUUAGGAAUGGUAAGCGCGCUAGAGACGCUGUGUGGACAAGCUUUUGGCGCCAAAAGGUACCACAUGCUGGGAAUUUACCUCCAGAGAUCAUGGAUUGUGUUGUUCCUCUGUUGCUUCCUCACGUUGCCAUUUUACAUCUUCACAACUCCAGUUCUAAAACUGCUCGGGCAAUCCGACGCCGUGUCGGAGCAGUCGGGCUUGGUGGCGCUGUGGCUGAUCCCUUUGCACUUCAGCUUCGCGUUCCAUUUUCCGCUGCAGAGAUUCUUGCAGUUCCAGCUCCAGAACCAGAUCAUUGCAUGGGUUUCCCUAAUGGGGCUGGCGGUAAAUGCCUUGACAAGUUGGCUGUUGGUUUAUGUUUUUGAUUUCGGUGUCGUCGGUGCAGCAAUUGCUUUGGACAUCUCAUGGUGGUUCAUGGUUUUGGGAUUGUUUGUUUACACUUCCUGUGGUUGGUGCCCCCUCACUUGGACUGGUUUCUCUGUGCAAGCCUUUGUUGGCCUCUGGGAUUUUGUCAAGCUCUCUGUUGCUUCUGGGGUCAUGCUUUGCUUGGAAAACUGGUACUAUAGAAUACUGUUAUUGAUGACUGGGUACUUGAAGAACGCUACUACUGCUGUGGAUGCCUUGUCAGUUUGUACGACUAUUAAGGAUUGGGAGAUGAUGAUUCCUAUGGCCUUUUUCGAUGGAACUGGAGUGAGGGUGGCGAUCGAGCUGGGGGCUGGCAAUGGUAAGGCCGCGAAGUUUGCGACAAAAGUUUCCGUGGUGCAAUCUACCCUAAUUGGCCUCCUCUUCUGCGUACUGAUCUUAAUACUCCAUGACAAGUUUGCAUACAUAUUCACGUCAAGUGCUGAUGUGCUCCAAGCAGUUGAUAAAAUGUCUUUCCUCUUGGCCAUCGCAAUCUUACUCAACAGUGUUCAACCCAUUUUAUCAGGGGUAGCCGUGGGAAGUGGAUGGCAGGCAUGGGUGGGUUAUAUAAAUCUUGGUUGCUACUACAUAAUUGGGCUGCCACUAGGGAUUCUAAUGGGAUGGAUCUUCAAGUUGGGUGCCAUGGGCUUAUGGGGUGGGAUGAUCUUUGGUGGGACAGCACUUCAAAUGGUAAUAUUGGCGAUUAUAACAAUAUUUCUAUGCGAUUGGGAAAAGGAGGCAGAACAAGCCAGAAAACGUAUACAGAAGUGGUCAAUCCCCAACCCAGAUAAUCGACUAGAAGACCAGCAUUAACCAUACAAAAGUUGGAUUACAUGAGCAUAAUUUCUCAUGUUUCAUUAUAUAAAACUAGCUAUUUAAUCAUUUUUCAGCCAAUAAGCGUGUAAAGAAGUGGUCAAUCCUUGGACAGAGAAUCGGCCAUGAAUUAGACCGCCAUUCACAGAACAUAUAUUUGAUUCGAGUAUAAUUUCAUCAUAAUAAUUAUUUUGCCUUAUUCUA